CUUCAGUCUCGGCUGUUCUCCAGGGCGUCUGUAAACACCCCAGAGACUGUCAUGGAGAGGGAGGCGGCGGCGGCGGCAGCGGCGCAGGGAGGCGUUUUGGGCCACUUCCAGGGCCCGUGCUGCCAUUCCUGAACCGGUCCCCGGACCCCGUGACUGUGGCAUCAGAAAGCUAACUGUUAGGCAAGAGGAGGCAGCAGUCAGAACCCUAUCCCCUUCUUCCCGGGGUGGGGGCCGGGCCGGGCCGGGCCGGGCCGGCCUGUCUGCCGAGAUGGAUGACAGUAAGGUGGGUGGAGGCAAAGUAAAGAAGCCUGGCAAACGUGGUCGGAAGCCAGCCAAAAUUGACUUGAAAGCAAAGCUUGAGAGGAGCCGGCAAAGUGCAAGAGAAUGCCGCGCCAGGAAAAAGCUGAGAUACCAGUAUUUGGAGGAGUUGGUAUCUAGUCGGGAAAGAGCCAUAUGUGCCCUCAGAGAAGAACUGGAAAUGUACAAGCAGUGGUGCAUGGCAAUGGACCAAGGAAAAAUCCCUUCUGAAAUUAAGGCUCUCCUUACUGGAGAAGAGCAGAACAAAUCUCAACAGAACUCAACCAGGCACAGCAAACCUGGGAAACCAGAUGUUAACAGCAACUCCUGUGAGUACAGUCUGUGGGAGGCUAUGCUUAAGAGAUGUAUCCAGGGUGAAGAUCAUAUCAAAGGAUGAAACAGUGAUUGAAGCCAAUAUUCUAUUUCCAUGAAGGAUGAAUAGGCACUAUUAUGCUUCUUGGCACGAUGUACUACCUACUGCUCAGUAGCUGUCUCCAUAAAUCUGCAGUUUGUACCAAAAUGUGUAAUCAUAGGUCACAAAAGAUCUUGCUUUAACUUUCAGCACUUAGAAACUUUACAUUCAGACCUAUGCUGUAUUACUAUCCAUGACAUAUACUAGGUGGUGAGGCUUGAAAGCACAGUAGUAGAGAAAAAUGGGUAAAGAUUGUAUUUUUGCACCUUAACUUCACAUAACUUUAUUGGUUAAUUUAUAUUCUUAACGUGUAAUUCAUGUAAUUGUAUGUGUAUAUGUGUUUAAGUGUCUGCUCCUUUCAUGUUUUUGACUGCCCUACAAAGAGAAACCAAAUGGGCUGAUUACUGACUGUAAAUUCUCAGCCUUUAUGGACCUAAUAUUAUUUCUUUAUAUUUACUUGAGUAAUGUUUAUUUUCUGCAUGAACCACAAUUUCUUCUGUGAGCCAUUCCAGCAUAAGCUGUGAAUAUGUAUUGACAAAUAUGUACAUUUCUAUUUUUUUAAUCCAUAGUGAAAUGCCUGUUUUAAACAAUGUAUAUUACCAAAAUCCAUCAAGAAAACCCUUAAGAUAUCUUCUAUGUAAAACUUUUGUUGCUGUCUUCUUAUUAAACUAUAUUUAUAAAAGUUUGCUAGGGCCAAAUCCAUACUUGGAGAAUUAAUCAAAUUUUGUUCUUAAGCAAGAAGUAACCUUUCAGGCAUUGCAACAGCAUACAUCACAUCGACAGCCUAGAAUAUAUGUAUACAUAUGUGUGUGUUUCUAUUGUGUUUCUAUUGUGUAUUUAUAUAUGCGUAUGGGAAGGACAGGAGUGAAUGUUCACACACAUUUUCUUGUGUGCUUUACUAGAUUGGAGAAUUUUUCUGAAGAAAAUAGGAUGAAACUAGCUGCUGCUGAGAUUGAGUUUUUGCCUUGAGAUCUAGAGCAAAACAAAGGGGCAAAGCAGUGGGCAGAUUUAGUGGCUCUAGCCCUUAGCAGAUACUUGAUGUCUUCCCGAAUAUGGGUUUCCUUAUGAAUGUGUCCUACACCUAAAAGAAACACACUGUGGGUGUGCAUCUGGUUCAGCCCAUGCCUCCACUGUGGAGCUCGGCAUUGGUACUAGAGUUGUACACAGCUAGCAGGCCUCAGGGAGGUGUAGAAGGGCAAAAUAGUUCUUUGUAGUUCUCAGCAGAGCUGCAUUUGCUAUCUACCUGACCGCCAAGCAGACUGAUGGUUGAGGAACAAAGCUCAUAUGAUACGGACAGAUAGACCUAGGAAUAUUUUCAUUUUCCCAGUGAGAUGCGUUGUCACUCUCUUCCCUUCCCCAUAGUUAAAUGAGGAGUCAUGUUCUCUGUUGCUGCUAAAUUAGAAUUGUUCUUCACUCUAGUGAAGCAAAUACUUAGCUUCCAAACAAGAUAUAUUUUGUUAUACAUAGACUGGCAGUUUAAGAGGAGGCACUGUAGCUUGUCUGUGAGGUGGAACAUGUGAUGGACCAUAUAGUUUAAGAUUAGAGGAACUUUUCCCCCUUUCUCUCAGGCCAGGCUUUUGACUUAGGUGCCUCUCCAUAGUCUGAGUUCCUGAAGACCUCUUCUUGUGCUUCGGCUGAAAACUCAGAUCUGCAGGCUAGCUCAGUGUGACUACUGAUAUACCACCAGCCCAGCUUGUUGAAUUUUUUGAAAUUUUGAGAGAUUGGGAGUUUAAGCGUAUUUAAUUAAUGUCUUCUUAGGACCAUAAUUAUUGAUAUUCAGGCAUUCAGAAUUUAAAUGUUUUAAGUGUAGCUAUUUAAAUUGUAAUUGGGCAUGUAUUUGCCCUAUUGUCUACUCAGUUUUGUAUUUUUAUUUUGCAAAACAGUUCCCACCAGACUGACAACUGACGCUAUGUUGCUUUGGUUCAGUACCUUUUGAAUUCCCCAGAGGAGGUCUUUUCAAAGCAAACAUUCCAAAAUGCAUGUGGCUCUUCAAUGGAAUGUCUCCAUUGUGCUUGAAGGAUUUCUUCUCUGGUUAUAAUUGAGUUACAGAGUCAUUUGAGCUUCUUCCCUCCUCCCCUAGCAUCCUUACCAGAACAGUGACUUUGUCCUCAGGUAGAGGAUAUGUAAUUUUGCGGGGAAAAUAAGUUACCAUUUAUUUAUAUUUAUUCCUGAACCUACUUGGUAAUUUUUUUUUUUUUUUUUUGUUUUUUUUUUUGGAUACCGGGGAUUGAACUCAUGACUGUGUGCUUGCAAGGCAGGCACUUAUGCCUGCUGAGCUAAAUCCCCAGCCCCCUACUUGGUAUUUUGGAGUAGAUCAAAUCAAAAGAAUGUUAUGAUCGCUUUGGGUACUGACUAAACGCUUUGGCCACUUUGAAGACUGUUAAUGAAUAUCCCUAAGACAGCUGGCGCUAACCCCAUGCAGCGAAGACACAAGCAGCACGCUAGAGCCCUCGCUCAGCUGUGAUGACAGCAAAGUGGUGAGAGAAACCAAGGCUGCCUGCCUGCCGGCCGAGGGAACCCUCUGAGUCAGAUUUUCUUUUCCUUUUUUCCCUGAAGAAAGAAAGGAAAGGAGCAAGGAGGUAGGGAAAUGUUUGUGUAUUUAGAUCAUUCAUAUUAUUAUUUUAGCAUCAGCUUCCCAUAUUUUAGAGAAACUGAAUGUAAUAAAUCUGACCAGGUUAAGUUUUAGGAUACAGUUGAAGUGCUUAAAUUUUUUUCUAUUUUAACCAAUCUUUCUGCUACAUCUAAAUCAGAACUUUCUUUCUGCAGCAAAUUCGUAUCAUUGUUUGCCAGCUAAUUGACAGGACUUAGCACCACCAUUUAGCAUUUUAUCUUGUUAUCAUCGAAUUCUGAUAAAUUUGAUUUGAUUUAUUACAGAAAAUAUAGGUUUAAACUGAAUUUACCUUUAGUUAAAGAAAAAUAAAACUUAAAAAAAUAAAUGCUGUUUUCACAAGAAAUUAGUCGCAUAUUAGUUACAUAUUUUGUUUUUUUUAAAGGAGGAUUGUUAAACCACAUGUUUGGGGGCACUGAAAGAACUUUUCUUUCUCUGAAGAGCAUUGUACAAUUAUAUUUUUAUGAAAAAUAAAAUGUCUUUACCAGAGGCA